CGCUCCGGGCUGUUCCGGCGGCUGCCGGAGCCCUCCGGUCCCGUUCCGUCCCGUCCCGUCCGGUCCCGGAGCCCAGCCAUGCUGGCGCGGUGCUGGGCCGUGGUGGGCAGCCGGCCGCUGUGGAAGCCAGUCGUUCUCCUCAGCCCGGUGCCGCUGCCGAGGGGAGGCCGGCCGGUGCCUUUCUCCACAACGUGCGUGAGGUGCUCGAAGAACAGGCGGCUGAGGCAGAAAAGAAUCAUUUCGGAAAGGAAACUGACCCGCUACUUUGUGGAUCACCGGAAAGUGCAUGUGGUUGGAGGACGAGGAGGAGGAGGAGGACAUUCUUUUUAUAGUGAACCCAGAAAAAUAUUUGGAGGUCCUGAUGGUGGAAACGGGGGUGAUGGGGGUCAUGUCAUUUUGAAAGCUGACCAGCAAAUGAAAUCACUUUCUUCAGUCCUCCCCUUUUAUCAGGGUUUCCAUGGAGAGAGAGGAGGAAUUAAAAACUGUUAUGGAGCUAACGGUGCAUAUUUGUAUGUUAAAGUACCUGUAGGUACACUGGUUAAGGAGGAUGGGAAAGUUGUGGCUGACCUCACUCAACAUGGAGAAGAGUAUGUUGCAGCUUAUGGAGGAGCUGGAGGGAAAGGUAAUCGUUUUUUUCUUUCCAAUGAAAACCGGUCUCCAACAACAUUUACUCCAGGAGAACCAGGGCAGGAAAGGAUCCUCCAUCUGGAACUAAAGACAGCCGCUCAUGCAGGACUGGUGGGCUUUCCCAAUGCUGGUAAAUCAUCACUCUUGAGAGCAGUCUCCCGUGCCAGGCCAGCAGUGGCUGCCUACCCCUUCACAACCCUCAACCCUCACGUUGGCGUCGUCCACUAUCACGACUAUGAGCAAGUAGCAGUUGCUGACAUCCCUGGCCUAAUAAAAGGUGCUCAUCAAAACAGGGGUCUCGGGAUGGCCUUCCUAAGGCAUAUUGAACGCUGCCGCUUUCUCUUGUAUGUAGUGGAUCUCUCUGUGUCUCAGCCAUGGAUUCAGCUGGAAGACUUAAAAUAUGAACUGGAACAAUAUCGAAAAGGAUUGUCUGAGAGGCCUUGUGUUGUCAUUGGGAAUAAGAUUGACCUUGCUCAGUCCAGGAUCAAUCUGCCACUCCUUAAAGAACACGUAGCUGACCGGGUCAUUGCGUUGUCUGCAUUGACAGGAGACAACCUAGAGGAACUGUUGUUUUGUUUGAGAGAACUGUAUGAUGCUUAUGUGAAGACAGAACAGUCACGAGGGGAAAGCCCAGUCAAGUGGUAGGAACCAGAACUGAGAACUGUACUGGAAGGAGGAAAAACCCCGUAAUUCGAUUAGAUUGCAUCUGUGUGGUUUGGGUUUUUUAAGUGCAAGGACCCAGCAUCUGGAGUUGUUCUGGGCUGUUGCAUUGCGAAAAUGUUUGUUCCUCUUUGAGAUGUCUCAGGUGUUUUACAACAAAAUUUGACAACUGUAAUCAUGUUGGGUGUUGAAUUGGAAAUGUGGAUCUCAUUUGGCAUUGGAUGGUUAAUUAUGGAAUGAAGAGAGUACUGUCUAGUAGAAACGACUGAAGCUCAGGAUCUGCAGGAGCUGCUGCCUUGCUUUCUGGAUCAGAGUGAAGUGGUUCCUCCUUUUCACUAAUCAAAAAGUCUGAAAUAAAAAUCAGGUGGUCCCAUAACCACUUUCAGUCAUCUUCUCUUAAACUCUUCUCCUGUUUUUUUUUGUGCUCUCAGAGGAGGUGCAGCUGCUCUGUGUCUUAGGGGGGAGAAGUGUGAAACAGUUGCAGUUAAUCAUUAAAAUGAUUUUCUCCUUAGUAUGAAUAAUUAACUGUCUUUAAAUGCUGGUAGCAGCUACUUGGCUCUGUAAACUAACCAGGGACAGUCAUUUGAGACUCACUUCUGAGUACUCCAGUUUCUUUUUCUUCCAGAUUCCUCAAGGAAUCUCAAGCAAUGUUCUGAGAAAUACGCUUAAAUAUCCCAAAUUAAAGAAAUACACAGUUCUCUGCCCCCCCUUUCUCUGCCCCCUCCCCUUUUAUUUUUUACUAUGUCAUUUUGUGGGUGCUGUUUUUAAAUGUUGUUUUUUAGGAAUUCAGAAAUCUUUGUUUAGUACAGUGAGUCUUUGCCCUCUCCUCAUGCUAAAAGACGAGCUGCUUCUGUAUACUCCCAUUGUGUUUUGUGUGAAAUAUUAUCUUUAUAGUGAAAAGCUAGUAUUUAUCAAAGCUUUUUCAUAAGGGGCCCUGACAGACUUGUGGACUGCUGAGACACAAAUAC